AUGUUUCAGGCGUUUGGUCAGCUUGGUCUAACGUCGGUCAAUGCUCGGCGACGUGUGGCCUUUGUGGAAAGCGGCCCCACCUUUCAACAAUUCACUUGCCCCAAGGUGCCCUGUCCAGCAGUGCCGAAAUGUUGUGGUGGGAAUCUUGUGGUUAAAAAUAUGGUCACAAACACCUCACAAUGUGGCCUUCAAUUGGCUCCAGCUCAAGUUCUCCAUCCACUCGUUUGUCCGACGACUACAACCUCAACAACUCCACCACCUUGUGCCGGGGGUUGCGCUCAAAACUUGGCCACAUUCAAGAGGGCUGGCGAUGACGGGACUUUGACUUUUACCUACUCCACUGAUGCCGCCGGGUGCAUGACCGCCAAAUACCUCUGUCACUUUACGCCAAAGGUCCAAGUCUACUUUGCCAUAAGAUAUACAAACGCCACGUAUUUCGUCGACACGCACGAGAGCUUUGGACGACCGGUGAGU